AUGGCUGCCGCCGGAAAUCUCGUUUUCAACACGACCAAGGAACUCAAGUCUCGGUCGUCGUCUGAGCAAGAGCUGUCGUUCGAGACGGAGAGAAGAAACGAUGGCAAGGAUGCCACGGUCCUCCGCGACAAAGAGACGGGUAACGUCGCCUAUCCGACGCUUGUGCCUCCCCAUCCCGAGGACUGGAAGAACCAAACCACGGAUGUCGGCUGUAGCGCAAGUGCUGGCAAGAAACCCGAGCCCCCAAAACCAGGCGAGCACCCGCCCAAGACGCUUUCCGACCCACUCCAGCGAUUUUCGGGCGACGAAGAGCAAUUCAGGCCACGGCCGCUCCGGGGCCAGCGGGCGAUGACCGAAGCGAUACCUCGCCGGGAAGGCUCGCGCCGCUUCUCGGGCGUGCCCGGACGCCUGCAGCGGGCCGGCACAAACAUACCCGAUAUGCAGCGGGCGCUGUGGCGAGGUGACCAGGACGACUCUAGCAGCUCGUCUUCGUCCUCGGAGGAUGAAAUGACCCAGGCUCAGCAGGACAAGAAACAGAAGCGCGCCAAAAAGAAGUUGCAGAAACAAAAGAGCGACGACCCUUAUAGGAAGUUCCGGGUGGGCAACGACAACUACCACACCAAGGGUAAAGUUAAGCGCGACGGUCGUCUGUCCAUCUCGGUGAACGACACCAGUAGCACUGGGUACCUCGCAAAGGCCAUCGGGUCGGCAGUUAAGAAGGUCGUACCCAAGGCAAAGGAGGCCACGUCAGACGACGAGGAUGUCGAUGAUUAUGUCUCGAGGCCUGCGGGCUCGAGGGCGUCGUCGGUGACUACAGUUGCAAUGGCUAACAUACCCUGCCCGAAACUCAACAUUGUCAUUAUGGUUAUUGGAUCCCGUGGAGAUGCUCAACCUUUCUUGAAGAUCGGUCAAGUUCUCAAGCAACAAUAUGGCCACCGAGUCCGCAUCGCUACCCACCCGGCAUUUAAAGAUUUUGUUGAGAAGGACUCGGGUCUGGAGUUUUUCUCAGUGGGAGGUGACCCGUCGGAGUUGAUGGCCUUUAUGGUCAAGAACCCCGGUAUGAUACCCAAACUGGAGACCGUCAAGGCUGGAGACAUUGGCCGCAGGAGAGCAGCCAUGGCGGAGAUGUUUGAGGGUUUUUGGAGGGCUUGCAUCCAUGCAACAGACGACCCCAAGGACCAGGACAACGUGCGAUUGAUGGGUGACAAGCCCCCAUUCAUUGCAGAUGCCAUCAUUGCCAACCCUCCUAGUUUCGCACACUACCACAUCGCUGAAGCCUUGGGGAUCCCGCUGCAUCUCAUGUUCACCUUCCCGUACACUCCCACGCAGGCAUUCCCUCACCCGCUUGCCAGCAUCAAAACAUCCAACGUCGACCCCGGAUACACGAACUUUAUAUCAUAUCCACUGGUCGAGAUGAUGGUAUGGCAAGGGCUGGGCGACCUGGUCAACGAUUUUCGAGUGAAGACACUGGGUUUGGAUCCAGUCUCGACUCUCUGGGCACCCGGCGCUACAUAUCGACUUCAUGUUCCCUUCACUUAUCUUUGGAGUCCUGGGCUGGUCCCCAAGCCAGAGGACUGGGGCGACGAGAUUGAUAUCUCAGGUUUUGUGUUCCUUGACCUGGCCUCUUCAUUCAAGCCACCAGAUGACUUGGUCAAGUUUUUGGACGAUGGCGACCCUCCAAUAUACAUCGGAUUUGGGUCCAUCGUGGUAGACGACCCUGACCGCUUCACCGAGAUGAUAUUCGAGGCUGUGAAGCAAGCCGGUGUGCGAGCUUUGGUUUCCAAAGGCUGGGGGAAGCUCGGUGGUGAGAAUGUUCCCGACAACGUCUACAUGCUCGAGAAUACUCCUCACGACUGGCUAUUCCCUCGCGUCUCUGCUUGUGUCAUCCACGGCGGUGCCGGGACGACGGCGAUCUCGCUAAAGUGUGGCAAACCAACAAUGGUUGUACCUUUCUUCGGCGAUCAGCACUUCUGGGGUAGCAUGCUGGAGCGCUGCGGUGCCGGCCCCGAGCCUGUGCCCUACAAACGUCUCACCGCGGAGAAGCUGGCCGAGGGGAUAAAAUACUGCCUCAGCGAUGAAGCCAAGCAGGCGGCCACCGAGAUCGCUAGAGACAUAGAGCAAGAAGGCGACGGGGCUGAAAACGCAUGCAAAUCGUUUCACAAGCAUCUGACGCUUCAGGGAACACAUUCUAUGCGCUGCUGCGUCCUCGAAGACCGCGUGGCAAUCUGGCAUCUCAAGCACACCAACAUACGCCUCAGUGCCAUCGCCGCAGAUAUCCUUGCCAGUAAGAAUGCACUGUCCUGGCGCAAGCUCAAGCUCAUUCGCCACCGGGAAUGGAACGAUUUUGAGGGCCCAGGAGAGCCUGUGACGGGUCUGGCUGGCUCUCUAGUCACUACGGUUGGUGAUGUUGUCGGAGGUGUGGGAAGUGUGCCGAUGCGCAUUGCCAAAAGCUCAAGCAAAAGGAGAGAGCGCAAGGAGAAGAAAGAGAAGCGAAGAGCACGCCGCGAAGCCCGAGAAAAGGCUCAGGAGGCCAAAGGUCAGGACGCAAAGGCCGAGACUGAAAAGGACAAGAAGGACGACUCUUCCAAGUCAAAGUCUACCGAGCCAUCUGAGAAGCAGGUCAAUUCUAGCCAGGGUGCCUCCUCGCGGACGCCAGCCGGCACUUCUAAUUCCAAGGAGGAGGAGCCAAAGACAAAAGGGAAAGUGUCAGAAAACGGCAACCAAGAUGCGGAUAAAGACAAGGCUGGUAAUGAGCUUGAACAUACCCAAGCCCAAGAUCAUGCCCAACCUUCAAAGGAGCCUCCCUCAGAGUCACAAAAAGGUGGUGCUAAUCCCCGCCGGGAGAGCUACGCUAGUUCCUUGGCUACAACUGCCACUACGGACACCUCGGAGGAGACGAGCCGAGCCCAUGACUUUGCGCAGAACGUAGGGAAGGGCUUUGGCAAGUCGGCACAUGCAUUGGCACGGGCACCCGUCGACAUGUCGCUCGCAGUAGCCCAAGGUUUCCACAACGCACCGCGUCUCUACGGAGAUGAUACUGUGAGAAGGCCUUUGCGUGUGACUGGCAUGCGGUCGGGACUGCGGGCAGCACGACGCGAAUUCGGCUAUGGCGUUUACGACGCCUUUACCGGCGUCGUUCGCCUCCCCGUGCGUGGCGCGCGAGACUCGGGCGCCAAAGGCUUUGCAAAAGGCGUCGGCAUGGGCAUGAUGGGAUUUGUGCUCAAAAACUUUGCUGCCAUAGCUGGGCCUGGUGCGUACACUUUGAAGGGCGUGGCCAAGCAGCUGGAGAAGGGACGAUCGCCAGUCAAACACCUCCGCAGGGCUCGUAUAGUGCAGGCCCAUCGGGAGUGGCAGUCGCUAGACCGUGAAGGGCAGCAGAAGCUUACCGAACGCAUCCUCGAUGGCUGGAAAGUUCUGCAGCGUCUUGCACGUGCACUGGAGGAGGCGGAGCGCAAACAGUCUGGAGGCAUCCGAGGCCGGCUCUCGGCGAGGCGUCGACGUGGCAUUGGUGCUGCCUUUGAAAGCGUCGAAAUCGCUCAGCGCGCGCUCACCGGGAUUGAGGAGGGUCGACUCGAGCAAGUCGUUGAGAAGGGUGCCCGGCGCGAGAGUGACGGCCGUAGCAAGGACGAACGGAAGGUCAAGAGGGAGAAGAAGAAGCAGGUUUCCGAGCAUGCGGGCGAGAGACGCAAGGAGGAUGAGGAGAACAGCAAGCGGGAAAGCACGGAGCAGUCUGGCAAUGACCACCCUCGCCGCUCGGAUGCGGACGACCAAGAAAAAAGCACCGGCGGGCAGAAGACCAAGAUUCCGGAAAACAACAAGACCGACAACGACAGUGGCAAGUCGUUGGACGGAGAGGAAGAGAAGAGCAAAGACGGCAAUCAUAUCGCAUUUGCCGAUGAUCCCCGUACUCAGGGCGUCUCAGGAGCACCAGAAAAGCCUGCUGCCAGCAAGAUAGCCGCUUAG